CAAAAAUAGUAUGGUUAGAUUACUCACUAAAAGAAAUUGAUUCGAGCACUUUUUUAAGUUAAACAAUAUCUAUGCUUUAAGUAAAACACGAUAUUGAUACGAAAUACGUCGACCAUUGGUUAUCUUUAAGUUUUUAAUCCAAAAAUAAAAACAAAAAAGCACAGAAAAAAUGGGUGGCAUUGGGAUGACGGUGGUUAAUUCGUCCCUAAAGCCACCGGCGCCGGCGAGAGGGGUUGAUGUGUUCGUGGCGGCAGUGCCAUUAACAGCCACCAAGGGUGCGCCGCAGUUGCUUAUGUCGACCGCCUACUCUUUCUCUCUUUCUUGGGAUUUACAGCACUUCAUGGUCCUCACUUCCUCAGCUGAUCUUCCUUCUCAGGUAAUGGUUUCUGAUUUUCAACCUCAAGAUCCUGAAAGUAUAUAUGCAGCACUUGCAGCUAUAUCAGGUAGAAAAAUACCAGGAGUUUUGCAAAUGAGGAUGAUGAAGAAAUUGCCCAAGACUAAAUGCUGGAAAGUUGGAUCUUGUAAAGUUGAUGUUGUUGAUACAAUAAACAAGUUUAAUAGCAAUUGGGAUACUGAUCUUAUUAUUGGUCGACAUGAUUGUCGACAUUACACAAAUGGAUUAGUGGAAUGUCUCACAGGCAAGAAGUAUGUGCUGGAUAGAUUAAGAACAAGGCAAACCAGUAUUGCUUGAGAGUUGCAAUCAAAUUUGUUAAUAUUUGUAUUUAUAUGUAAUCCACAUUUUUUUAAUUCAAUGGAUAUAUUAUAGAUUGUUUUAGAAUGUUGGGGACAUUGUCACAAAGAUUCCCAAUCAUAAAUUAUAGAGAACUAAAAACAUAAACAUAUAAUGGAAAACUACAAAACCAAGAGAAAAACUAUAGCUUUCAUGAGAGAAAAGUUAAGGGGAAAUAAUAUUUGAGCC